GUGGGCCUGGUGGACACGGCAGCCAUUUUACAGUAGGUAUCAGUUCCUGUUUCCUCACAAGCAGACACUCUGACCAGAGAAACAAGUUGGGGUUAAACAGUUUCUCCCCCUCCAUGCCUCAUCAGGAUUGUGUGAAUAUUUCUUUCUCAAUUAAUCACCAAAAUCUGCCAGCAGCAUGAAAAGCUGGAGCAGGAAAUUCAAGAGACAAGAGGCUGACAGUGUGGUUGGGUCGUCCUCUAGCAAGAGAAACUCCUUUAGUGAUCCACCAGUGCCUGUGUGGGUUACUCAUACACCCACACCAGACAAUAUUACAGAUGACGAUGAUACUAACUCCACUAACUGCACAUCCAGUACUCCACCUUACGCAGAGAAUGAGAACAAUGACAAAAAAGGGAGCAUGAAGGACAGGCUUAAAUCCCUUAUCCCUCAGUCAUGGGGUGGCAUUAUCCAUAAAUGGACAAGGGAUAGUGGCAGUUUUAAUGACUCCGAAGCCAGCACCAGAGGCAUCCAGAUCCUUCCUAAUGGGACCAGGGUGAGCCCCCCUGUAAGUCCCCUGCCUGAGCGCAGGAACUGGGGUGAAUCACUGGGCAACUCCAGCGAGAACUCCCAUAAGCCUCUGUUACUGGAGAGCCCCUGUGAUGAUCUGUUCCCAAGAGAGGAAUCUCUACUGACUAGUAUCCACCCUGCAGAGUACUACGCUGAGAAGCUGGAAGUCUAUAACCAGAAGUAUUCUUAUUUGAAAUCCUGGCCAGGUCUGCUCAGACUUCUUGCCGGGCUUCAGCUCCUAUUUGGGGGCAUGGUCUUGGCCUGUGUCAUCGCCUACGUCCAGAAAGACAGUGAGUGGUCCAACAGCUUCGGACUCUAUAACGGUGCAUAUAACAACGGGCUUGGACUGUCUGGGUACAGCUACAGAGGCCCUAUGACUCCCUUUAUACUGGCAAUUGCUGGUGUCUCCUGGAUUAUAACCCUCAUUCUCUUGGUGAUGGGAAUGACUAUGUACUAUCGCACCAUCCUCCUCGACUCCCCCUGGUGGCCUCUGACGGAGGCCUUCAUCAAUGUGGCAAUGUUCCUGCUCUACAUGGCAGCAGGGAUUGUCUACCUGAACGAUUUGAACCGCGGGGGCCUGUGCUACACAACAAUAGGCGUUAACCCGAUCAUGGCCAAUCUGUGUCGGGUUGAUGGGGGCCAGAUGGCGGGAACCGCUUUCAUCUUCAUCAAUAUGACAAUGUAUCUGGGAAGCUUCCUGGUGUGUCUGAAGAUGUGGAGGCACGAGGCCACACGCAGGGAGCGGGAGUACUUUGAGAACAAGGAGGAGUUUCACCAGUCCAUUCCACUAACCCCUCAAAAAACAAAGCGCAUAUCAUUUAAGGAUGAAAUAGAUAAGUCUCUGAGAAAAGAUUAUAACAAUCAAAAUGCACUCACCCCUGAGGUCCAUAAGAACCCAGUCAGUCUUAACAGAACUGACUACACCCCCAAAGUCCACGUCAUCGCAGACUACAUCAUAAAGUAUCCAGAGAUCAGCUGUGUGGAGGAAAGGGAAAAGUACAAAGCUGUUUUCAAUGAUCAGUAUCAGGAAUAUAAGGACCUUCACAGAGACAUCAGCACCACCCUCAGUAAGUUCAGAGAGCUGGAUGCCACGAUGGCGCGACUCCUCAGAGAUGGAAAAAGCCAAGAGGAUCGGCAGAGGAUUCAAAGCAUUUUGAAGCAGUAUCAGCAGAAAAAGAGUGACCCUGCUUUCCUAGAGAAAAAGGAACGCUGUGACUACUUGAAAGCUAAAUUAAGCCACAUCAAAAACAGAAUCCGCACUUUUGACCAGGAAACCAUGACAAGUGAUCGAACAUGAAGGAAAAAAAAAACCUGCAGCAACAGAUGAGCGAUCAUAUUUUUCUCAUUUGUCCCUUUUUUGUGUUUUGUUGUGUCUGUGUAUUGAUUGCAUUGAAGACAUUGUAAUUUAAAUGAAAAGCAUAUUUUUCAUUGAUUGUUAGACAUUUUUGUACAGGGAUCAGCAUGAUGUCAGAGCUGACAUGAAACCCGGUUUAUAACACAAUUAUAACAUCUGAGUUACAACAUUAUACGGGUUAAAUGGUACACUCCUUUUGUACAGCUUUCAUAUCAUGUUGUAUUUUCUUAUUAUGUUCCUGUCAUUUAUUUCAAUGCAGAGGAGCAACAUGUUGAUUCAGUGUAUGUUUUAAA